AUGGACAACUUUGGUUACCGCGAGAUGGGGUGGCCGGCACCGUUACAAACUCCCACACCCUCUACAAACAGAUCGCGAAUAACCAGGACUUUUAGUACAAGGUCUCGUGAACCAGAAGAAUACCCUCUCAAAAGUCACUUCAAACAUGUCCGCAGCAUCGAUUUACUCGAAUCCGCAUCAGAGCCCGGGAAAGCUAAAGAAUAUUUAUUCGUUGGACCUUCACCCCCGGCUGAAGAUGGCUUCAAUGUGUACCACAGUUUCGAUAUCUUGGCACCGGAUCCCGAAGCAAGGCUCACCGAAGAUAUGAUAAGGAAAUCUCUUUGUGAAAAGGCGUUAACUUUAGGAGCUGGGAGAUUUUUUGAUGACCUCGAAUGUGGUUUGAUAACAGCUGACAAUAUAGAAGAACAUAUUUGUUCCGCCCCAGAAGUUGUUGUCAAUUUGACUUUGUUAUGGGCAGCCUUCCUGACGCGGGAUGAAUUGCUUCCGGCUAUUAUAGAAUCAGGUGCAGAUAUACAUUAUAGUGAGCCAAUAGGACUGACGGCGCUUCAUGUAGCUGCCUUUAGUGGUGCAAGCAGAUCUGUUGCUUAUUUAUUAUCGAUAGGAGCAGACAUAGAUUAUGCACCAAAAUAUUUUGCUCCUCUUCAUUGUGCUGCCUUUGGGAACUCUCUUGAAGUUGCUGAAGUUUUAAUAGCUCAUGGUGCAUCUCUACAUGCUGUAGUGCAACGUGCUGGAUGUGAAGAUAACCUCGUUCAUUGUGCAGUGCGUAAUGAUGCUCUAGAAUGUAUGGAAUUAUUUAUAGAAAAAGGUGUUGAUCCUGGCUACAGUACUUCGGGAGGACUCAAUGCUUUACACUUAGCGGCGGAACUUGGUGCUCUAAGGUGCCUCACAUAUCUACUAAAGGAGACUAAACUGAGUGCUAAAGGAUUGACAAAACAAAGAGAUAAGGAGUGUACUGCGUUACAUUUGGCAGCGUCAAGAGGUUUUGCGGAAUGUGUCGAACUUUUACUAGCGGAAGGUGCCCAAGCCAACGUCAGGAAUUAUAGAGGUUUUACAGCACUCCAUCUCGCGGCCAGGUGUUCGAGUUUAGAAUGUGUUGAAAUAAUUUUGCGUGAUGGAAACGCUGAUCCUAAUGCUGAAGAUCAUGAUAAGAGAACGCCUUUGCACGCCGCUAUAUGUAAUACUGAGCGCGCUUGUGAUAUCAUCGAUACUCUUGUGAGCUGGGGCGCUCAAGUUAAUAAAAAAGAUGAGUACGGCUAUUCUCCUUUACAUUUAGCUGCUAUGGAUGGACUGACACAAUGUGUUGAAACACUCAUCUUUUUAGGAGCAGAUGUUACAUCCAAAUCGAAAAAAGGUCAUACUGCCUUAAGUGUUAUAGUCAGAAAGACACCAAAAUCUAUGGCUAUUUUAAGAAAUAAUUUAGAUAAUGGAAUUACAUUAAGUCGAUCGACGGAAGGUAACGAAGAGGUACAAAUCGAAUUCGACUUUGGUAAGUUAUUGAAAUAUUCUUACCCUCGUGAAAUAACAUACUUAAACAGUUUGAUCGAUGAAGGUCAGAAAGAUAUUUUGCAGCAUCCUUUAUGUUCAGCAUUUUUAUUUAUGAAAUGGCGCAAGAUACGAAAAUUCUAUUUAGCUAGAUUAAUCUUUUGCUUCUUGUUUGUUUCGUUCUUAUCAAUCUACGUGUUGACAGCCGUAGUGAAAACGUGCAACGGGAAAAAUUCUAUGAAAUACGGUGUCUUAAAUGAACUCUGUCAACGUCAGUCAUUACUAGGUGAUAUAUUAGAAGACAAUCCAAUUGAAUUUGAGAGGUGGGUGUUAAUAGCGAUUACAGCAUUCGAAAUAGUCCGGAAGCUAACCGGUAUAACUGGUUAUUCAAGUUUGUAUCAAUAUUUUACGAGUUUCGAAAACUUGAUGGAAUGGUUCGUACUACUAUCAGUAUUUUCUUUGUAUAAUAUUCAGAAAGAAUAUGGUUGGCAGAAUCAUGUCGGUGGAUACGCAGUCCUGGGGGCUUGGACAAACUUAAUGUUGAUGAUGGGUCAACUACCUAUGUUUGGUGAUUAUGUAGCUAUGUAUCAGAAAGUUUUAACGGAAUUUCUGAAACUUUUACUGGCUUACAUGUGCCUCUUACUCGGUUUUACGAUUUGUUUCUGUGUAGUAUUUCCAAACGAAGAAAUGUUUUCAAAUCCAUUAAUGGGUUUUAUUAGCACGUUGUCAAUGAUGGUCGGAGAACUGAAUUUAAAUAUUUUAAUCAACGAUCCAACACAAGAGGAUCCACCACUAAUAUCUGAACUUUCAUGUCAAAUUAUUUUCAUUUUAUUCCUUAUGUUUGUAACAAUAAUACUAAUGAAUCUACUAGUCGGUAUAGCCGUCCACGAUAUUCAAGGUCUACGGAAAACGGCAGGAUUAUCGAAAUUAGUUCGACAAACAAAACUGAUAUUAUUCGUUGAAAUGGGCAUGUUCAGUGCAUGGUUGCCAACAUGCUUACACAAAUACGUAUAUAGAACAGCGCUGGUGUCACCGGAAGCGGGAAAAGUUAUACUAAGCGUAAAACCCCUGAAUCCUAACGAAAAAAGACUACCCACAGAUAUAAUGAUGGCCGCUUACGAAAUGGCUCAAAUAAAUAAAUUGAAAUCUGGUAGAUCAGUAAAAGAAAUGUUGUACAAAAACAAAUAUGCAUCGAAAUUUAAGAACGAGAAUCAAACAAACGAACAGAACUUUAAUAUAGAAAUUCGAGGUAUGCAGGAGAAAAUUGACCAAACGACAUUUAAUUUAAAGAAAAUUGAUCAAGAGAUGAAACAUUUAAGCACGUUGUUUAUAGAGCAGAGUCAUCUGUUGCAGAAUCUAUUAAAAGUCUUAGAUAGAUCAUUUACUCAGUAUUCCAUCGAAUCUCCCGUUUUAUUUUCCAGUAAUGCGUCUGAUAUUACACCAAUAACUAAAUAAUUGUUUUUUUUUUUUAUAAAUAUGUUGUAAAUAGUUUUAGUAAUU